AACGCCUUCUGUUACGCAGAUGAUUACACCCUGAGAAUCAAUCUGGAAGACUUUGAGGGCAGCCACCGUUUUGCAGUGUACAGAACAUUUAAAGUGGAUAAUGAACAGAACCAUUACCAGCUCCAGUUUGGCGUAUACACAGGAAGCACGGGGGACGCUCUCUCUGGCAGUUAUCAUCCUGAGGUUCGGUGGUGGGCCAGCCAUCAAGGAAUGAAGUUCAGCACACGAGACAGAGAUAAUGACCGCUAUGAUCGCAGUUGUGCUCAGGAGGACAAGGAAGAGUACACGGUUCCGAGUCUCCUGAUUUGUUUUUGA